AUGUCAAAGACUAUCUUUAAUGGUGAUUCUAAUGACAAUGAAUCCGUUUUCUAUGCCAAUGCCCGUGAUGACCUCAAUGCGUCAGCUGCGAAUAAAGAAAGACAAGCCCUCAAGCAUUUCAAUCAUUUCCUCAAGACCUACUGUGUUCAAAUUGGAAUCCAAAUCAUUGAAGCUGCAACCAUACCAUACCAUGGCAUCCCUUGCAAGGCAUCCAAGAAGGCAGUGUUUGAAUUCUGGGAUUUGAUGACUGGUGCCUUUGUAACCUACAUGGGAAAUCAUGCAAAAAUUGGAUGUGAUCCUGAAGCCGAACGUAUCAAACGCGGCACGGCAGCCCAGUACUGUUUGUCUGUCAGAGGCUACUUCAACAACAAGUUCCGUAAUGAGGAUCCCAUUCCCAUUCUCCACAAUGACAAGCAGUGGAGUAAGCUGAUGACCAAGCUACGCGGGAAGUAUUGCGAGGCUAAUCAAGCGUCAGGAAAAUCAGCCGUCGAAGGUAACAAGUCAAGCACACGCAAAGAUCGUGAAUGGUUGGCAACAGGUUGUAUUUGGGACGGCACUGCGGAAACUUCGGAAUUUUGGCACCUGCUCAACACCACAUACCAUUGCAGUGGUAGAGGAUCAGAGGUUUCAUUGAUCAAGCCUAAGGAUAUAAGAGCUGUGGAAGUUAACAAAUGUAUUCACCAGUAUCACAUCCUUCAAGCUGAAGUCCAAAGACAGAAGGACCAACCGCUCCAGAACAUCGUGAUAUAUCCACAUUGCGAUGGCAUACUCGAAGACUAUUAUUUCAGUCUCAUCUACUUGCUUGUAAUGACCGGAUGCAACAAACGAGGAGGCUCCAAUCAAGUGGUGGUGGAAACCCCAGGUCUGUCGCUAGCAGCCGUAUUUCGUACAGGUUGGGCAAACCGCCGCUGUGAUACCCUCUGGGAAUACAUCUCAGAUUCAUUUGUUUUAUCCAAGCAGGCUGGAAAAGCCUUGUCCAAAUGGACACAUCGGAUUGGAGAUACAAUAUACGGCGGUCAACCCCCAGCCUUUGAUGAUAUUGGUGGCUAUCAUGGAGACCCAUCCCCUCCUUCCUUCUUGCAAGACAGUGACGCUGGUAAAGCCGUUGCAACCGCUUUAGUUGAUGGAAACCGCAGCAAACUUCAACAAUUCUCGGACGUUCUCUUUGAAGAUGACACAGACAGACGCUGGCAUCCUCGUGUCCGGGAACUGCUUGUGAUGACGUUGUUGCUACGUUACGACCAAUUCUUGGCUGUGCUAAGAAGACACCCGGAUGCAUACAUCUCAGAUUCAUUCAAGUCUUACCCGCGAUUCGAUCUUGAUAAGUCCUGCAACUACACAACAAUCCGAAAUCAUCUUUUCGUGUGCCGAGUUGAGCGGGCAUUAGAAAAAGCAGGUGUGGACAAGUCUAUAUUUAACGACUGGUGUAAGUGUGCCCGCAGUGCUUUCAUUGAACGCAACCUCAUUGCAAUUCCGGAUCUCUCGUUGUAUGGUGGAACCAACAAAAGGAUAAUGUUAGACCCGCGCUUUUUCAUUGACCACAUGAACAGUAUUGCUUCGCUGGCCCAGUCAAAUCACCACGUUGUCCAACAGCUACGUCGUCAACUGAACGACAUGCAGGAACUCAUGACUCAUGGUUUGAACCUGAACCAUCGGCUCCACGUGGAUCAAUGUACCUUGUUGACUUCUGUUCGAAGAAUGGAGACUCAUCUCCUAGGCAACCGUCCGGAAACCGUAUCGCCGUCACCUUCCUCUAACGUUACCCCGUUCACUGUCAGUAUGAAAGGUUUCACCAACCAGAAGUCAAUGUCUGAUGUCUUUGUGUCCUUUUUCGAUGAAGAUUACCGCGCCGGUUUCGAAUUGGAUAAGAAGAGUGAAGCUUGGAAAGAGGAUAUGGAUGCACCUGAGAAGAAACGUUACAAGAAUUUGUUUACUAAGAUCAAGCGUGCGAUCAAAAUAGCCUUGAUGCAUGUAGACGAGUUUCCGUUGAUCCCUGAUGAUCCAUCAAAAUACAAAGAAGUUCUCCGAAGAACAGCAACUGUAGCAGAAGAGCGUAUCCGCAACAGUCUCGAUUACGGAGACAAAAAGAUCAGCAUCUAUACGCUGGUGAACCUUCCUGAUAUCAAAGACCGGGAGAAGACGUUGAAGCUUCCAGACGACACACCAGAGGAAAUGCGUAAAUUCUUUACUAAAAAAUACUUAAAAAUCAUUACCGCCCUUUGUAGCGAAAAUAGUCAGUGA